AUGGGAGUCACGGCCGCUCUGGCCGCGGCGGCCCAGCACGCCGAUUGUAUCUCGCUCUUUACCCUCUUGGUCGCCCUGGCUCUGGCCGCCCUGUUCGUCUGGCGCGCAUCCUCGUGGCAUCGCCUGCGCCAUGUCCCGGGCCCCUGCUCCGCCUCGCUCUCCUCCUUCUGGAUGUUGAGGAAGGCGCUGAGCGGCCGGUUCCACGAGCACCUCCGUGACGUCUCAGACGAGUACGGGCCUCUUGUCCGCAUCGGGCCCAAUGUGCUGCUCUCCACCGACCCCGAGGUCCUGCGCAUGAUGUCUGCGGCCCGCUCUCCUUACACCAAGGGCGUCUUCUAUGAGACUGGCCGCAUCAUCCCCGGCGAGGACACCGUCGUCUCUCUGAGGGAUGAAGGCGAGCAUAGAGCGCUACGAGCCAAGAUGGGCACUGCUUUCGGCGGCAAGGAGAACGAGGGGUUCGGUUUUGGGGCUGGCAUCGACCGCCAGCUCCUUGCUUUCAUGAACCUGAUAGACUCCAGGUACAUAUCCACCGCCACACAGUACCGCCCUGUACAAUUCUUCCGCAAGACGUCCUUCUUCGCCCUCGAUGUUAUUGGUGAUAUAUCCUUUGGCGAUGCUUUCGGCUUUCUGCAGCAGGAUCAGGAUCUCUACCGCUACAAUGAGAUCCAUGAUGAGUCGCUACCCGUCAUGAACAUCAUGUCGACUAUGCCCUGGCUUGCCCACAUCUUGUAUCGGUGGCCCUUCAACUUGUUAUUGCCCAAGGAAGGCGACCAAGUCGGCUUUGGCAGACUCAUGGGAUUCGCCAAGUCGUUGAUUGAUAAACGGCUGCAGCCUGGUGCGAAACCCCAGAAAGACAUGACGCAAGCUUUCAUCAACAAUGGCAUGAGCCGCUCCGAGCUCAUCCAGCAGGUUUUUGUGCAAAUCAUCGCUGGCUCUGUUUCUUCAGCAACUGCCAUGUGCAUGACGUUGCUCUGCCUCAUAACCACACCAACUGCCUACGCCGCCCUCCGUAGGGAAGUUGAUGACGCACUCAAGAACGGCAAGAUCAGUUCCCCGAUCGCAGAAUACGAAGCGAAGAGGCUGCCCUAUCUGCAAGCCGUCAUCCGCGAGGGCCUUCGUAUGUAUCCACCCGUCACCGGCCUGGGCUCCAAGCAAGUCCCGAAAGGAGGCGAUUUUCUAAACGGCUUUUUCAUCCCCGAGGGCACCCAAGUUGCUACUAACUUCUUUGGUCUCAUGCGUUCGCAAAGCGUCUGGGGAAAGGAUGCCGACGUCUUCAGGCCGGAGAGAUGGUUGGAGUCCGAUGACGAGCAGCUCAAGGUCAUGAACGGCGUAGUCGACUUGGCGUUCGGGCAUGGGAAAUAUUCAUGCCUCGGGAAGCCGAUUGCCAUGAUGGAGCUCAACAAGAUCUUUGUCGAGCUACUACGGAGGUACGACUUCACCAUUGUAAACCCGCAAUCCCCGAUCAAGGCAUGGAGCGCAGUAUUCUGGGUCGCAAAUGAUUUCUGGCUACGAAUUACCAAGAGAGCGUGA